AUGUUCUUGUUCGAUUGGUUCUAUGGAAUCCUAGCCUCUUUAGGGUUAUGGCAAAAAGAAGCCAAAAUCUUGUUUCUCGGACUCGAUAAUGCUGUUAGCAUUGGCAAAAUCAAGUUCAAGGCUUUUGAUUUGGGUGGUCAUCAGAUUGCUCGUAGGGUUUGGAAAGAUUACUAUGCCAAGGUUGAUGCUGUUGUUUACCUUGUGGAUGCUUAUGACAAAGAAAGAUUUGCUGAGUCUAAAAGAGAGCUUGACGCUCUUCUCUCAGAUGAAGCACUUGCAACCGUUCCCUUUCUGAUUCUUGGAAACAAGAUUGAUAUCCCUUAUGCUGCUUCAGAAGAUGAAUUGAGGUAUCACUUGGGUCUCACUAACUUUACCACCGGCAAGGGAAAAGUUACACUCGGAGACUCUGGUGUUCGUCCACUCGAGGUCUUCAUGUGCAGCAUUGUCCGGAAAAUGGGUUAUGGCGAGGGAUUCAAAUGGCUCUCUCAGUACAUCAACUAAGGACAGAACAUCAUCAAGUCUUUUUUUUUCAUAUUUCAAACCAAACCCGAGAAGAUUUUCCGUACAAUUUGUCUAUUUCUUCAAGCUAAAAGAUUUGUGAUUGAUGAUGAUAUCACAUCCUUCUCCUAGAAGUCUUGAACCCUCUUUUGUUUUUUUUUUGUUGUUUCCUGUGUUAAACAUAAGUUUGGUGGCUUGCAUUUCCAAACUUAUUACAUGUCUCUGGUCCACAUUUUUGUCAACUGCUUAUUAUGUUUCAUUGAACACUAUUCCAAGUUA